UAUUAAACUGUCAUUCAUGUUCCUUUGCUCACCUCAUUUCUAGUUGUUUUCUUCUCACCGUUGUAACUAAGAUGAAAAUGGAAGGACUGCCUCUUCAUCUAUGCCAUUCUCAGCAUUUCAGUCUGCCCCCUAUAAACCUCCUGCGCUUCCUCUUUCUUUUCUUCUCAAUAUUCAAGCCAUGCCUCGCUUCUUUACGUGAGAAUUUCGGAGCAAAGAGCAGCGGCUGCGGUGACCCUGCUUUUCGGCUUGACUGUGAUCAUAAAGUGAAUAUGCCUCUACUUAAUAUCAGUGGCUACCAAUACUAUAUACUGAAACCUUUUGGCCACCAGGAAGAGUUUCCAAUCAAUUCCAUGCGAAUAGUUGAUAGAAUUCUGGUCUAGCCCUCAGUUUCGCAUUACUGCUGAGUACAUGAAUAUAAGUCUAUGGAGAGACUGCAGAGAAGAGGACCUGCCCACUGAAGCGUAUGCUUUAGAAUGUAAUAAUAGUUGGUACAUGAAUAUACGUGAGUUUGGAUACUUAUUGUAAAUCAGUGCAGCUACCUGUUAAAAACCUCGACAGAGAUAACCGACCGUUGCUUGAAAAGAUAAAGGAUGGGUUCAGAGUAAUAUGGAAUUUCACCGAAGGCCGUAAGCAUUGUGAGCCACAGAAAGAGAAUUGUAUCUUAAUUGAGAGAUGAAUGAAAAGCGUUAAACUUGUAUUUCUAAAGCAAGAGUUGUUUAUUUUAUUUUAUUUUAUAGCAAAAUGCUAACAAUUUACCUCUGCCUUUACUUAUAUUUGAGACCAUGCAGGUGGACCUAACACUACUAAUAGAAUUUUUAUUUUAUUUUUUUCUUCCACAUUUCGUAAGCAUAAUACUAACUAAUAUCGCUUCCAUUAUUUAUAAUUCAGACAAUGCAGGUGGGUCUAACACUGCUAAUAAGACAGCUAUCGUUCUAGGUAGCUCUAUUGGGGCAGUUGCACUAAUCGCAGCAAUAGCAGUGCUUUAUAUUUUGUAUGUCAAGAGAAGAAAAAGGCCUCAUAUCCGCGGGUUUGGUGGUGAUCACAGUAAUUAUCAGCGAAGCGACAUGGAAGCAGGUCUCGUAAUGAAUAUGAUGGGCAAUUUGCCCAUGUUUCAUUAUGAAGAGCUACAGCAAGCGACAAAUUUCUUCGACGAGAAGAACCAACUUGGAGAUGGAGGGUUUGGCGUGGUAUACCUGGGUAAACUUAAGGACGGACGAGCUGUAGCAGUGAAGAGGCUUUAUGAGGAUAGAUCCAGAACAGUUGAACAAUUUAUGAACGAGGUCCAAAUACUGUCAUCCCUGUGUCAUCCAAAUCUUGUUCGUCUCUAUGGCUGUACGACCCCGCAGAGUCCAAUGCUACUGCUUGUUUAUGAGUUUGUGCCAAAUGGGACCUUGUCUGAUCACCUUCAUGGCUGCCGAAGAACUCCCGGAGGCUUGCCUUGGGUAACUCGUUUAGAUAUUGCCAUAGAAACUGCUCAGGCAUUGGCGUAUCUCCACAACAUCUGUCCACCCAUAUUGCACAGAGAUGUUAAAUCCGACAACAUUCUACUCGACGAACAUUUCAGAGCAAAAGUUGCAGAUUUUGGCCUUUCUAGGUUGGUUCCUGUGAAUGUGUCACACGUCACAACUGCUCCGCAAGGUACACCUGGGUAUGUUGACCCAGAUUACCAUGAAUGCUUCCAGCUCACUGAGAAGUCUGAUGUGUACAGCUUUGGGGUUGUCUUGGUGGAGAUCAUUUCAGCCAAAGUCGCAGUGGAUAUUAUGCGAAAUAGAAAUGAAAUCAGCCUUGCUAAUAUGGCCACAGACAAGAUCAAAAGAGGUGUUCUGGAUGAACUGGUCGAUCCAGAAUUGAAGAUUGAAAGAAAUCAGGAAGUGAAGGUCACUGUUGCUGCAGUUGCCGAAUUGACCUUUGAGUGCCUUGCCAUAGAAAGGGAUUUUAGACCAACCAUGAAAGAAGUAGUCGCCCGUCUCACAGAAAUCAAGGAGAUGCUGCAGGAAAGCUCAGAAUCUUCCAACUCAGUAAGCAGCACGCCAACAUCUUCGUUAACUUCACUGCAAGAAAACUGGCCCGGCGUAGCUUCGGAUUAAAGUGCAUCUCUUAUUUCGUUUUAGAAAUUUUGUAUUUCGG